GGCCACAGGCCGGGCAGCCCUGGGGCCGGUCGGGGCGGCGUCCCCGCACCGUCCGCCAGGCCCCGCGGGAUGCUCCGUGGGCGCCGAGGGCGGAGGCGACACUCUCAGGUAACUGGGCAGGAUGAGGAGCAGCAAAUCAAAAGAGGUGCCUUUACCAAACCCAAGAAACUCUCAAAACAAGGAUACUGUUCAAGACGUAACCACGUCGUGGGAUGCACUUUCUCAGUCCAAGGCCGCUCUGAGGCACAUUGAAAACAAAUUGGAAGUAGCCCCCACAAGUACAGCUGUGUUUGAUUCUGUCAUGGAGGCCAAGAAGUCUUCUACAAGUGCUACGCGAAAAAUAAGUAGAAAAGAUGGUAGAUACCUGGAUGAUUCUUGGGUUAAUGCUCCAACUGCCAAAUCCUCUAAAUCACGAAAAGAGAAAUCUCGUAGUCCUCUCAGAGCUACCACCCUGGAGAGUAAUGUGAAGAAAAGUAAUCGUGUAGAAUUUCGUGAACCUUUGGUUUCUUACAGGGAAAUCCAUGGUGCACCUUCCAAUUUAAGUCCCAGCUAUCUGGACUCAAAACCUGUAUAUUGUGUAGAUGUUAAUGAAGAAAAGGCUGAGAGUGGGAACCGGAUGCUAAGCAAUCGAGAAGAACAGAAUAUGCAUUGCUGUGAUUUUGACAGCUCUCAAUCCUUUGUUAUGAAUGAUACAGUUGUUAGGUUUUUAAAUGAUCGACCUGCAAUUGAUGCGUUGCAAAAUUCUGAAUGUUUGAUUAAGAUGGGAGCUCCUCUGAGAAUUGAAGAAGAAAUGCCUAACAGAGCAAAAGGAAACGAGAACAAUUUGAAGCCUUCCAUGAAUAACAUGGGCCAAGAUAUUGAUCCAAAAGUGUUAAGGCUGACUGACUCUUCUCCAUCCUCUGCUAGUACUUCCAGUUCCCAAAGAUUAGACAUUUUAAAGAGGCGACAACAUGACAUCAAACUGGAAAAACUCAAGGAGCGGAUUAGGAAGCAGUGGGAACAUUCCGAAGAAAUAAACGGCCGGGGCCAGAAUCUGGGUCAUAUUGACCAUCCGGUAAUGGUUGUCAAUGUUGAUAACUCAGUGACAGCAAAGGUCAGGAAAGUGGCAACAGCACCACCUGCUCCCACGUACAAAGGUUUCAACCCUUCAGAGACCAGGAUUCGAACACCUGAUGGGAAAGUGUGGCAGGAGGCUGAGUUUCAAAACAUGAGUAGAGAACUGUAUCGCGACUUAGCACUUCACUUUGCAGAUGAUAUUUCUGUAAAAGAGAAACCUGCUGAAAAAAGCAAAGAGAAGAAAGUAGUAAAGCCAGUACGAAAAGUCCAAAAGGUAACACAGUUACACAGUCCGGAGUGCAAAACAGGUAGUAGUCGUUUGAUAAGUACAUCUUCUUGGCGAGAUGGACAAAAAUUAGUAAAGAAGAUUUUGGGACCUGCACCCAGAAUGGAACAGAGAGAGCGAAGAACAGCAUCAAGUGACAGAAGUGGAAGGGAAAGAAGUACUAAACCUGGGAGUCAUAUUGGAAAAGCCGAAUCUGAUUCCAAGUUGGAUGUUUCACAUAGACAUCUUCCCCGAAGCUCAGAACGUUCCAGAAGUAGGACUCGAUCUGAAAAUAAUAUAAAGAAAUUAGCUCCAUCUCUUCCAGAUAAUAAACAGGAGGAAAACACUGCCUUAAAUAAGGACUUCUUACCUGUUGAGAUUCGUGGCAUUCUUGAUGACCUACAGUUGGACUCCACGGUCCAGACGGCAAGGCAGGAGGCCGGGGAGUUACAGAACCAGAAGUCUUCAGUACAAGUUCCCAGAAGUCAUAGCCCAGUAAAAAGAAAACCCGACAAAAUAACAGCUAACGAAGAUCCCCCUGUUAUUUCCAAAAAGCGCCACUAUGACACGGAUGAAGUACGACAGUACAUUGUUAGACAGCAGGAGGAAAGGAAGAGGAAACAAAAUGAAGAGAAAAAGGCUCAAAAGGAGGCUACUGAACAGAAGAACAAACGGUUGCAGGAGCUCUAUCGGAGACAGAAGGAGGCCUUCAGUAAAGCAAGAGCUGUGCCUCCUGCUGACCCAGCAGCGAGCAGGCGGCUGCAGGAAACUUACUCCAAACUGCUGCUCCAAAAGACCUUGCUUGAAGAGACAUCCCAUCAGCACGUCACCCAGGAAGCACAGGCCAGACCAGGGUAUCAGCCUUCUGGAGAAUCUGAUAAAGAAAACAAAGUACAGGAACGCCCCCCAAGUGCAUCCUCCAGCAGUGACAUGUCCCUGUCGGAACCUCCACAACCUCUUGCACGAAGGGACUUGAUGGAACCUGCGUGGAUGCCGCCUGACAGGUUGAGCCCGCGAGUUCAUUCUCAGCCACAGCCUCUUGUUGGAACGGCUGGAAACCUGCUGUCCCAUCUUUUGAGUCUGGAGCAUGCAGGAAUGUUGCACAAGGACUUUGAAUCUAUUUUACCAACUAGGAAAAAUCAUAAUAUGGUUUCAGGGCCAUUAACUUACACACCUCAACCGUAUCUGACCUCACCAGCUGCUCAUUCCGAUGCCUUGUUAAAACCUAGUGCCAGCCAGUAUAAGAGUAAACUGGAUCGUAUUGAAGCCUUGAAAGCAACAGCUGCUUCCUUGUCUAGCAGGAUUGAAAGUGAAGCCAAGAAAUUAGCUGGAGCUCACAUUAAUUAUGGGUCAGUGUGGAACACUGAGUAUCAUCUUCAGGAUGCUCCUCACGAGGCCGGACCGCGGAGCAAAGCUGUAAGCCCCCCUGUGAAAGAGGAGACCGAAGACCUCUUCUCUGCACGAAUCCAGAAGAUGCUGGGGACCUGUGUGUCUCAUGCAGCCUUUGGUGACGAUCUUCCUGGGGUAGGCAACCUGAGUGAAUUUAAGAAGCUUCCUGAGAUGAUAAGACCUCAGAGUGCCAUAUCAGGCUUCAGAAUGAGAUCCCCUGGCCCCAGAGCCGGAGGGCUGCUGGCACAGUUGUGUAAGAAACAGACUGACUCUUCGAGCUCUGAUAUGCAACCCUGUUCUCAAGACAAGACCAAAACGUCUCUUGGUUCCAGCACAGAUUCAGUCAGUGAAGGACCUCUUCUUAGUGAGGGGAGUCUCUCCGAAGAAGAGGGCGGCCAGGAUGGACAACCUCUUUUAAAGGCUUCUGAUAUCUUAAAAGAAAAGGAAUUUUGUGCUGGAGAAAGAAAUACUUACGAACCUAUCAAAGAGUUUCAGAAGGAAGCUGAAAAAUUCCUGCCACUUCUGGGGCACAUAGGUGGUACACAAAGCAAAGGACCAUGGGAAGAGUUGGCAAAAGGAAGUCCACAUAGUGUUAUUAAUAUUUUUACAAAAUCCUAUCAGUUAUAUGGAAAAGGAUUUGAAGACAGGUCGGACAGAGCACCGUCAGCCUCCCGGCCCCUGAGCGCUGGUUCAUAUGAAGAUGAUUUUGUGUCCUCUCCAGGGAGUGGGACUUUGGCUGAAAGGAAAUCAACUCUUGAGCCCAACGUUGGUGGGAGCAGGUUGGGCAUCCAGGAGGACCGUGCCAGCAGGAAGUCUGCCUGUGAUCUUUCCUCCGUGGACGUCGCCUCUCAGCAUCCCUCAGAAGCCCAGUCUGCCGCGUCGUCUCGCUCUUCUGCUUCUUCCAAAGGAAAGAGAGGGAGAAAGGGGAAAGUGGAAUGGUUGAAUUCAUUCACUGGAAGUGUUCAGAACUCACUUCUUGAUGAGGAAAAAGUACAGUCUGGCUCAGAACAUGGCUCUCAUCAAGGAAGGAAAUCUGGGACUAGUAGCAAGCUUUCUCUUAAGGACUAUGAGCAGACUGUUGACACUGAAAGCACUUUGGAGGAACUUUCUGGGCAUUCUCUGAGUGUCUCAUCAGACAGAGGAAGAUCUCCGAAAACUCCAACUUCUCCCCUUUCUCCAAGUUCCCAGAAAUUGUUUGACCUUCCAGGAGCUUCUCUGGAGAGAUCUAAAUCCUCAGUAGUGAUGCCUUCAACUACAGCAGGUUUUAAGCCUAAUGCAGCUUUCGUGGAUACAAAUCUGGCUGCCAGCAAAACAGCCAGCGAGACGGCAUCAGCACCAGGUGCUAAGCGCUUUUCCCCUGCCGGCCUCCAGCACCGGAUGACAGCAGAACUCAGCUACCUGAGUGCCCUUGAGGAGUCUGUGCGUCAGCUGUCCGAUGUGGAGAGAGUUAGAGGCGUUUCACUUGCUCAGCAGGAGACUGUGUCUCUGGCUCAGGUCAUAAAGGCACAACAGCAACGCCAUGAAAGAGACUUGGCCCUUUUGAAACUGAAGGCUGAACAAGAGGCUCUGGAGUGUCAGAGACAAUUAGAAGAAACCCGAAACAAAGCAGCUCAGGUCCAUGCAGAGUCGCUACAGCAGGUGGUUAAAUCACAGCGUGAAGUAACGGAAGUCCUGCAGGAAGCAACGUGUAAAAUAGCAGCUCAGCAGACAGAGACUGCUCGCCUCAACACAGAUGCGGCGCGCCAGAUCUGGGAGAUGGCAGAGUUGACUCGAACCCAUAUCUCAGAUGCCAUCACUGGUCCAGGAGCUCCCCUUGCAACACUGUAUGAUCACCAGCGGCAGCACCUUCCAGAAUUCAUGAAACAUCUGAGGACCAGAGCUGAAACAGAUAGGGCCAGCCCGUCAGUUUCACUCUCCCAGAGUAGAGAAGGCACCCUGGACUCAAGGCAUCAGAAGUACUCCCCUUCAUACGACAGUCACUCUGAGUCGUCACGAUACAAGAAUCAUGAUCGAAGAAGUAGUAGUGGUAGCAGCCGUCAAGAAAGUCCGUCUUGCAAGGAAACUGAGAAGAAAGUUCCAGGUGAAAAGACGGAGAGCUCGGUUGAAGAGCGGGUUCAGACUGCUGCGGAUGACUCCCUGCGGAGCGACAGUGUCCCUUCUCUUCCUGAUGAGAAAGAUUCAACUUCUAUUGCAACAGAAUAUUCCUUUAAAUUUGAUGAAUCCAUGACAGAAGAUGAAAUAGAAGAAAAAUCAUUUCGAUCUUUACUCCCCUCCGAGAGUCAUCGCAGAUUUAACAUGGAAAAGAAAAGAGGCCAUCAUGAUGACUCUGAUGAAGAAGCGUCCCCAGAAAAGCCCUCGUUGUCUUCUGCCAAGGAGCUGAGCAUGCCAUUCUCAGGAGGACAAGACAGCUUCUCUAAGUUUACCAUGGAGAUGGUUCGGCAGUACAUGAAAGAGGAGGAGAUGCGGGCAGCUCACCAGUCUUCGCUUCUGCGGCUCCGAGAAAAGGCCCUGAAGGAGAAGACCAAGGCUGAGCUAGCCUGGCUGGAGCAUCAGAAAAAACAUCUGCGAGACAAGGGAGAGGAUGAUAAAAUGCCCCCACUCCGGAAGAGACAGCGUGGCUUGCUGUUAAGGUUGCAGCAAGAAAAGGCAGAAAUAAAACGUCUUCAAGAAGCCAAUAAGGCAGCUCGGAAGGAAAGACAGCUGAUUCUUAAACAGCAGGAGGAGAUAGAAAGGAUCCGACAGACCACUAUAAAACUGCAGGAGAGGUUGAAGUCAGCAGGGGAGAAUAAACUGGACUCUCACAGUGAUGAUGAUGUGAAAGACAGUAAAGCAGCUAGUCCUGGUCCAGCUGACUUGGAGACCCGCAGUCCUUCUCCUGUGUCAAUCUCCAGCAGUGAAACCAGCAGCAUUAUGCAGAAGCUGAAGAAAAUGAGAAGCCGCAUGGAUGAAAAGUUUCUGACCAAGCGAGAGCAGCAGCUCAUGCAGCGGCGGCAGCACGCCGAGGAGCUCCUGGAGUGGAAGCGGCGUUUAGACGCUGAAGAGGCAGAAAUCCGUCAAAUGGAGAAACAAGCUUUGGCGGCCUGGGACAAAGAAUUAAUAAAACCCAGAACUCCUAAGAAAGAGCUGGAGGGCCAGCGAACAGAACAGAAAGAUUUAGUGAGUGAAGAGGAAUCUCCAGUACCUUUGUACUCUCACCAAAACAGUGAAAGCUCUAUUCCGGAAGAACUAGGCAGUCCUGCUGCUGACUACAUCCCAUCCGAGUCUACAGCGCAGGAGCAGCCAGGGAGUCCGGAUCCUAGUGUACUUACUGAGGAAAUGGUGUUUUCACAGGAACUGGAGUCUUCUACCUCUCCUAGUAAACAUUCACCUCCCAAAAGCUGCUCAUCUGUGUCAAAGCAGGAUUCUAGCAAAGGGAGCCCUAGGCCUGGAGGAGAGCAUCGCCUGCCCGUCAAGUCCCGUCAGCACUGUUACAGCUGGUCAGAUGAGUCGUUAUCCAUGACACAGUCAGAAACUACAUCUGACCAGAGUGACAUUGAAGGCAGGAUCAGGGCUCUGAAAGAUGAGCUGCGGAAAAGAAAAUCGGUUGUGGACCAGCUGAAGAAGGAGCAGAAGAAAAGACAAAAAGAAAGACUGAAAGCCCAAGAAGCCAGUCUGAUCAAACAACUAGAGUCAUAUGAUGAAUUCAUUAAGAAAACUGAAGCGGAGCUUAGCCGAGAUUUGGAAACAUCACCAACAGCCAAGCCUCAGAUUAAAACGUUUUCUUCAGCUUCUGAGAAGCCCAAGAUCAAGCCCCUCCCACUGCACAGAUCUGAAACAGCAAAGAGUUGGAAGUCCCUUACAGAGGCAGAGCGCUCCAAAGGACCCCUGGAGUCUAUUGCUGAACAUGUCGGUACUUCAUUGUCAAGUUCUGAGAGAUCAGUAUCAGAAAGGUCACUGCCUGCCUAUGCGAAGAGGGUGAUUGAAUUGGACAGUCGAACAGAAGAACGUUUGCAGACCCCAUCUCCUGUUCUCAGGUUGUCAAGAACAGCCGGAGCAGAAUCUGGAGAUUCUUUAGAAAAUGUACCUUCAUUACCUCUUCUUAAAGAAUUAAGUAUCCCUGGUGGGGUUCUUGAUGGGUCAGAUGCCAAGACUGAAGAACUUAGUCAAAAACUAGAGCAUGUGAAAUUGGAGGAGACUGAGGUUGAAGGUGACUGUUCUAGACCAUCAGAGAAAUCGGAUGUCUUACUGCCGCUGGACCUGGAACAGGGAGACGCAGCUGGAAGUCUCUCAAAUAAAGCUCUUCCUUUGGAUUCUGUAGAUGUUGAGAAAGAUUUAGUUAGAUUAGUCAUUGAAAACCUUCAUACAAAAGAGGAAAUACUGAAAGAGACACCGUCAGAUCAGGAUGUGGAUCGCAGUGCAGCCAUCCAGUCAGAAGACAUACGUGGACAAAGGAACAGAGAGGAAAAGGACCUGCCUUCGUCACAGCACCUUUUUACUCCUAAAGAGGCGUCGCACUCCGAAGAAAUUGAAGCAUCUUCUCUCAGAAAAGACAUUUCAGCUGAAUUGUACAAAGACGACUUCGAGGGGUCAUCUCUGUCACUCAGCAAAGACUCCCGGGUUGGCAGAGAGAAGUCUCGGUCACCAGGGAGCUCCAGGCGCAGAGCCACCAGCUUUGGGAGUGAGGAUGAAAUCAGCGAGUGCCUCAGUGAGAAGAGCCUCUCCGUGCAGAGCAGCAUCCCCUCUGAGAGGCUGCUGGAGCUCCAGUCCCCUCCUGAGCUCGUGAAAAGUACGGAGCGCAGCGAUGUGCAGCGAGAACAGGGCGUCGCUCCGGCGCCCGCCCCGGCCUCCGUGGCUGCUGCGGGUGAGUUACUGGAUUUCCACAUCGGUGAUAGGGUGUUGAUUGGCAAUGUUCAGCCAGGAACUCUGCGAUUCAAAGGGGAGACUCGUUUCGCUAAAGGAUUUUGGGCUGGAGUGGAACUGGAUAAACCUGAAGGAAAUAACAAUGGAACCUAUGAUGGCAUUGUGUAUUUUGUAUGCAAAGAGAAGCAUGGUAUUUUUGCUCCUCCUCAAAAAAUAUCUCACAUUCUAGAAAACUUUGAUGACUACAUAGACAUAAAUGAAGAUGACUGUUAUGCAGAUGAACAGUAUCAAUACUAUAAUCAGGAGCAAAAAGACACAGAGGGUCCAAAAGACAGAGAAAAAGAUGCCGCUGAAUAUUUUUAUAAGGAAACUCUCCCUAGUGCGCAUGAUGUAGAAGCCUCAGUGGACAGAGAUAAAAGCCUUAAGAUAGAACCAGAUACUAUACAGCAGGUCUCUAGGGUACCUGAAGGCCGUGUGCACCAGCAGUCUUUAGUGGAUUCACUGGUUUCUUCCAAGGAAAACAAGGACCUUGUUUCUGGUGUCACAGAAAAGGUUCCCAUUGGUGUAGAAGAUGAAACUUCCGACAGCGCCUUCUCCGGAGAAUUAAAGCAGCAGCAGCAGUUUACAGAAAAGGAAGAGAACCUAUGUUCUGAAACUCCAGAAAAGCUUUCUACUCCACUUUUGGACCUUUUAACAAGAGAAAAAAGUCAACUGGAAGCCCAGCUGCAGUCAUCCCUAAGUGAGGAGAGAAAGUCACAACAGCAGCUGGACACAGUCAGCUCACUGACAGACAGUUUACUGAAAGGAUUUGUGAAGGACACAGUCACUCAGCUACAGCAGAUCAAGAAGGCCAGGAGUGAGAAGAUCCAGCUGAGCAACCAGGAGCUGCUUGACGAUGGCCAGCAGGAAGUGCCACCCCCAGACCUGUGCCAGAGUCCAGAGGAGCAGUCCCCACGUGUCUCAGGUGGUCUCUUAAGGUCUGAACUGGAAGAUGAAAAGGAAGAGAUUUCCUCUCCAGAUAUGUGUCCCCGACCGGAGAGCCCAGUGUUUGGUGCCAGCGGGCAGGAGGAGCUUGCCAAGAGACUUGCUGAACUGGAGAUCAGCCGUGAGUUCCUGAGUGCUCUAGGAGAUGAUCAAGACUGGUUUGAUGAAGACUUUGGUUUGAGUUCUUCUCACAAGAUUCAGAAAAAUAAGGCAGAAGAAACGAUUGUGCCUCUCAUGGCAGAACCUAAAAGAGCACCCCAAAAGCCAUGUGAAACAUUAUUGGCCGUCCCACAUACUGCAGAGGAAGUAGAGACUCUUGUACAUGAUGCAGCAGAAGAACUCUGGAAGUGGAAAGAAUUAGGCCAGGACCUCCACAGCGUCAGGAUUCCUGCAAAACUGCUCGGCUGUGCCAGUAAGGGCCCAGAUGUAGAGAGCACGAGUAAAAGGGUCUACAAACAGGUGGUUUUUGAUUUAACAAAAGAGAUUUUUGAGGAAAUAUUUGCUGAGGAUCCCAACUUGAAUCAACCUGUCUGGAUGAAGCCAUGCAGGAUCAACUCAAGCUAUUUCCGACGAGUGAAAAAUCCAAACAACCUUGAUGAAAUUAAGAACUUCAUAGCAACCGAAGUACUGAAGUUAUUCAGUCUUAAAAAGGAGCCAAACAACAAAACAGACUGGCAGAAAAUGAUGAAAUUUGGAAGAAAGAAGAGAGAUCGAGUGGAUCACAUCUUGGUCCAGGAGCUCCAUGAGGAAGAGGCACAGUGGGUGAACUACGAUGAGGAUGAGUUGUGUGUGAAGAUGCAGCUGGCUGAUGGGAUCUUUGAAACCUUGAUCAAAGAUACUAUUGAUGUGCUGAAUCACAUCAGCGAGAAGCAGGGGCGAAUGCUACUUGUGUGACAUCUUGCAAAUAAAUCAAACACUGAGUGCUAAUGUGAGUCCCGGGCCUUUCUGCCUCCUGAUCCCCCACCUCCAUCCUAGCAAGAGUGCUUCCGGACCUUGUACCUGUCCCUAAGGACUACUGGCUUGGCCUUCAUGGGACAGUGCGGUGGAGCAGGUAGUACAGCCUUUGCCUUUAGAGACUGUCCACUGCACUGAUUGGUUCUUUCUAGUGGGCAGGGUGGCACGCCUGGUGUGGAGGUGCAGUGUAGUCCUGCGCCUCUCGUUGGCACCCGUCCCAGGUCUCCGACGAGGGCUGAGAACACCAGACAUAGCUGUGUGCUGACGCUAGAGGAUCGCUUGAGUCUGAAGCCAGGCCAGAGAGACGGGUAGAUAAAUGCAUGGUCUCUGCCAUGGAAGUCCUAAAUGGACACAGAGUUGUUAAACAGUAUUACACCCUUAAUCACUGCUGAAAUAGGCACGUUCAAUAACGUGUGCCUAUUUCCUAUUCUGGAGUUUGUUUCAUUUCUUUCUGAAGACCAUUCUGUCAUCAUUACGGAUGAGCAGCACCAAGUGGACUGAGACGUUAACAGAAACAAGCGGCAGCCUUGCUCUCUGAGCGCCAGCUAAGGACUUCUCAAGCCUUCGUGCCGUGUUUCGUUUCCUCUGGGCGCAGAAUCAGGAAUGCCCCACGGAGACUGGCUCCGGGACGGUGGCAGGGCUGGCUCUCCUCACCCGGUGUCGCACCCCUGCACUUUCCCGACUCGUGCUGAGCCUCUGCCAGCUGCCCCACAGUCACAGCUACUCAGGACCACCUCAGGCAUCCAGGCAUGGCAAAAGUGGAAGUCAUUCAUUUUGGCCUUCAAACCUUCGACUCCCCUCUCUCCCCAAGAAGUCAGAGAUGCUGUUACUUGAAUGAUUUAGGAAACGCGUGUGUGCACCAAAGACAAAAAGAUAUUGUCUGUUGUUUGUUGUGCUUGUUUUGCGCUAUGGAACCUUAUUUUAAUUUAUUUUAAGGUAAAUUAUUAAGCUGAAAAUGUGUGUCGCUAUUCAGAAGUGAAAGAUUCUUCUUGUAAUAGUGAAAUUUCUGUCUUGAAACUUCUAUGGUUCAUAGUCUUUGCACAGGAAACCUACAGUUCGAACAAACCCGUACACAGCUCGAAGAAGUCCGUUUCAUUCAGUGAAAAGAAGAUGCGAAUUUCCAAGAGCACUGCGGCAGCAGGUGUGGUAUAAAGGAUUUACGAGACUGUACAAUUCGAUGCCUCUCUGCAGAUUUGCUUUUCACAACUAUUACCUAUAUCGGAAAAAAAAAUCUCUAAGACUCCAGCUGCUACAUUAGAGCACAGAGAUGCUCUCCUAGGACCUCAGCACCCUGCCUUCCUGACGGUUUCCCCAUCAGUCCUUUCUCUCUUUACGAAAUCUAGAAGAAUGUGGAUAAUCUUAGGCGUGACUGCAAAUGCCUUAAUACUGGCGGUCCUGACUAGAAGCAGGAUACAAGACAUCCACUGGACGCGUAUUUCCACACACCCUGGAAUGUUACAGCUUGGAGACGUGGUAGACAGACCCCAAAGACGGGGUCACCUCCAGCGCACACACUUCAUUUCUGCGUCUUCCCUCCAGACUUGCCUUUGCCUCUCAAAUGUCUCACUAUGCACACCUCCAUCCCUCUUUGAUUUCAUCUUGUCAUUAUGAGACACUUGCUGAGUGAUCAUUGGAAUAUUUGCAUUUUGCACAGUGACUGGUGUGAUAGCUCUUGACUAGUACGGAAAGCACUGACAUGUUGUGACUGGGUCUCAGGAGACGCUGAUUAGAGUGUUACCAGCAUUUCUUCUGGGCUUUUCAUGUUGAGCAGUAGUCUUGUAGCCAUAAAAGCAAAUUGACUAAGAGAAGCGAAGUUUUCUUAGGGUUGUGAACCAGUAGUAUGGAAAUACCGUUUUCAUGUGGCCGAGGAAAAGCAAAGGCUUCUGUGUUCCAUUUGGUAUUUGGAACACAGGAAAACAUCUCGUCUACAUGCUUUCGCCAUUAGUAGGACCACACUGUCCUUGUGAUACUGAAACUUUACAGCUGCUGUAAAUUUUUUAUACAUUAAUAACAAAAUACUACAACAGGAACAUGGGUUGUUUUUCUACGUCUUCAUUAUUUGGACCUAAAGUCAAUUUUUAAUUUUAAACAAGUUCAUGACUUGAUUCCAGAAAAGGAAAAAAAGAACGAUAUCAGUGCGUGGAGUCAGCAGUGUGGAGUUAGAGCUCCCGUAAGCAGUGCUGCCAGAGUGUGGCUGUGGCCACCCUGGCCCACCCCAGCUGUCUCUACUGCUGAGACGCGAAACCAGGCUGACUCUUGGCUAGAAAUGAUUAUCCGUAGUUUGGAAGCAAAUCAACGAAAGAAUCGAUAGCCGGCAGAUUUUAUUGUCGUAACUAUUUGGAUCUAGUUGAAGUGGAUCCACUGUCAGGAUUAGGAAUGACACAUGUCCCUUAGUGGGAUCUUUUUAAUCAAGCUCUGCCUCUUACCCAAGAACCCAGCGGUUCCCUUUUCUGAUCUUUGUUUCUCCUCCCCACACCCCCAUCCUCUUUCAGUCUGUCUUCAUAAUUCCUCUAGGAAGAUCUUUGCAUCAGCAGUAAUACCUUUUAGAAUAGCACUAUCAGAAUUUAGCAGUAAACCAACGUCUAGACUUCAGAUUCCCUUCUGAGUCCAAACCAGUUUGUGCUGUCCAGGGUGGUUAACUCUGGGUUCAAUAAGUACAGGGUAUAGACUCCCUCUUCAGGUCUAAACAGGAAUUUUUACUCUAGGGAGAGUGGGACGAGCUCAGCAGUAGUUAACACGGAAGGUAUUGGUUUUUCUUUUACCUAAAAGAAAAGAGAAUUCCUCCUGUGACUGCAGCUCUCUGAGAAAUUACCUUUCAGAAGAGAUUUCAUCGCUCAUAAGAGUGUUGUGGCCUAUUGAUAAAAACAAUUUUGUUCACUUUCUUGUCUUGAAAAAAAGUGGCCUUAGCUUUUUGCAAUACUUGAAUAAAGUGUGUACUCGCAAAGGAAUUUCUGUAGCACAGCAUCAGAGACUCAUAACUUUUCUGCAAGAAAUUCAGACUUACAUCUUCCUUUUACUACCUUAACAAUACUAGUGAAUAACACAUUAACUCAAAGAGCAAAUGAUAGCAACUACAAUGAUGUUUAAUGCAAAUUGUAGGGAUUUACAUGUUUACAAAUCAUCUUAAACUGGUUGUGCAGCAAUUCAAUAAAAUAUCUUUGUAUUAUAAAAAUGUGAAGAAACAAUUGUAAACUGAUGUAAAGGAGGUACUGUCAUUUUAAUUAACCUAUGUUUGAUAGCUUUUCCUUUUGGACUUUGCAAAGCCUUCUUGGUAACACAUUGCAAAGCAUUCUCUGGGAGGCCUAGCCUCCUUGUGUGUACUGUACUGUGCAGACAUGAAAACACAAACCCGUCUACUGUGUACGUGUAAACAGCCUGGGCAUCAGGCCGUUUUCAGCCAACAGUCACAUCCAGUGCAGCAUGCACAGCAGACUCAAGGGUGUGGUGUGUAAGUACGAUCUGUAAAAUAACGGGAGCCAUUCCCGUGUACACCGGUGUACAUAGAUUUGUUAACUAAAAUGUACUUUAAGAAAGGGUAAAAUCUGUAAAUAAACUGAUU